AUGACUGUCAUCGUAGUCGUUGGUGGAGCGAAACUGACCCAACUUGAACUUGCUGGCAUUGCUCUGCUCUGCUCAGUCGUCCGAGGACUUGCAGCCCAGUUACAUCCCACGAAGCACAAGCUGAUCCUCAUCACGCCCCGUCCACAGUACAUCAACCUCCUAGGAUCCUUGCGGGUGAUGGUCGACCCCAAUGCAUCCCUGAACACUGUGUUCCUACCUUUCGAGAAGCUCUUCGGACAUUUCCCAGGGGAGUUGAAGGUGGCGAGUGUGAAAAGCGUCGAGGUCGCCAGGGGUCCUUACAGCCCUCCGGCGAAAGACGCCCACUUCGCGGACUUGCAGAAUACUCCGCCCGUCCACGCUGGUGCCGGGGGAACACUCUUGCUCUCCACUGGGGAGAUCGUCCGAUACGACAUCCUAGUUCUUGCCACGGGAUCGGUGUACGAAGGUCUGGUAAACUUCCCUCUGGAUCCAAAGGAAUACCACGACCACAUUGAGAAGUGGAGGAAGAAAAUCUCGGAUGCACAGAAUAUUGUUAUUGCUGGAGGUGGGCCAGUUGGCAUCGAAUUAGCAGGGGAACUCAUGGAUGUCUAUCCUUCCAAGAAGGUUACGAUAGUUCAAGGAGAUCGACUAGUUCUCAACGACGUUUACCCAGACCGGUUCAGAAAAGGGCUCCUGAACCGACUCCGAAAGAGAGGGGUGGAAGUUAUUCUCAAUGACGCCAUUCGUGGCAAUCCUCCGGUCGAUGCGUCGGUCAAGACCAGGGAAGGGCGAGAGCUGGCCUGUGACUUGCUGAUUACGUGCCGUGGUGGUGGCGCCAAUACUCCUUACCUCAAAUUCCUGCGCCCGUCCCCACUCUCGGAGCGAGGGUAUGUCAAAGUACAUCCAACAUUCGAGGUUCUGUAUCACCCUGGUAUUUUUGCCCUCGGCGACAUCGUCGAUUGGCCUGAAGUCAAGCAAAUGACCAAGAUCAACUAUGGCCACAAUUCGAUUGUGAUCGAGAACGUCCUGAGCAUGGUGCGCGGGGAGACCAUGACAAGAAUGUACAAGGGGACCACGGACAUCAUGGCCAUCAGCAUUGGAAGGAAUGGAGGAGCGUCAUAUCUCGGACUUCUGUGGGGCAUCGUCUUGGGAGACUUCCUCACGAAGACGCUCAAGUCGAAAACCCUGUUGCAAGAAAAGGUCAGGGACAUCCUCGGUCUGAGCUAA